AUGGCAUCUAUAUUAAAAAAUCAGAUUCUCAAGCAUCUGUCUAAGUUUACUAAGAACUUAUCUCCAGACAAGAUAAACUUGAGCACGUUACGUGGAGAAGGAGAGUUAUCUAACCUGGAACUUGAUGAAGCUAUUCUUAUGGACCUCAUGGAUCUUCCUACAUGGAUGAGGCUCAAGAAAGCUGUCUGUAACAAACUUACCAUCAAGAUUGCAUGGACAAAGCUGAAGAGUCAACCCAUAAGUAUAUACUUGGAUGAAGUUAUUUUAGAAAUUGAAACAUGUGAUGAACCAAGACCUCCAAACAACCCAGCACAUUUAGCCAGUUACAGGUCUGGAGGAAAGUAUGGUUUUACAGAUCGAGUCAUUGACGGCAUUUAUGUCCAUAUCAACGCCGUGUCAGUGAAAUUCAUGUCAAGGAAAUUCCACGCAUCUUUACAGCUUUCAAGAGUUGUAGUUCAGAGUAAGACUCCCAACUGGCAAAAAACAGAUGACCUGCGAUCUACUAAAAUCCGAGAAUCAAAUCGAGGAGAAAUUCUCUUGUUCAAGGAAGUGGAAUGGCAGACAACUCGAAUUGAGGCUACGGCGGUGGAAGGGGAGACAAACGACUUCCUACUUACUCCCCUCCGACUCAUAGCCAAUCAAUCGAAAAUCAGGAUCACAAUCAAGAAAAACCUCAGUGACUGCAGUAUCAUCUCUACUCGUGUGAUGCUGUUCCUGGACGAUAUACUUUGGGUGCUCACAGACACCCAGUUAAAGGCUGCCAUAUUGUAUGCCAAUUCACUACGGUUGAUGAUCGAGAAAUCCAGAGAACAGAGUAAAAAGCUGGCAGCAGAAACCAUAUUGCGACAGGGACAAUUUCGACAGACCUAUCCCCAGCAGCAAGUGUCCCAACGUGCUCGCAGCCAGUCGAACACCACCCCAGCCCAGUAUUUUAUGAAAUAUGAUGUACAGACUACUUCCUACCACCUCAUUAGCAGCCGCAUUGACCUCCACCUCUGUGAUGACUCUUCACCAGAUUCUAAUGUGCAAAACAACCCUAAACACAACAAGAGGAUUGAGGGUGGUGCUAUGCAAAUCACUUUCAACAGGCUGUCUGUCGAUAUCUACCCUUUCAACCCAGCAGGUGGAGAGAGGAAACACUGGUACCGAUAUAUGGACAACCAAGGAUCUCGAAACUUUUGGGUCCAGCAGCUGUUUUCUGCCUUCAAACAGGAAGUAGCUCAGGCCCGUGAAACAUGCUGUGUCGCCUCCCCCACACAGUCACCCGCUCACGAACCCGCCAAUCAGAAACCAGAGAAACCACAGCCAGUGAAUCAGAAUCCUAGCGGAAGUAGAUCUCCGCCACCUCCACCUCCCUCGCACCAACAAGUCCCACCCAUCCGAGUGCCAAGCCAACGUCCACGCACCACCAAGUUACUGGAAAGUUGUACUGUCCUCAAGAUAGAAGAGUUUAUCAUCUAUCAGGUGUCAACUGCGGACAACAAACGUAACACGCCCAGCAAGUUCCUCAGCUCGGACAAGAAGCAGCUCCAUCUCCCAACAGACAUGUCAGUAUUACAUAUGGAGUAUACAGACUACUUCUUCCCUGAAGGGAUCAACUACCCAGUGCCCCAUGCUAAUCUGUACAUGCUUGUAAACCCAAUACGUCUCAAUCUUGACUACCUGACACUUUUGUGGGUGAAUUUCUUCAUGCUGAACCUUUCUCAGUCAGUGACACCUGAGAUGUUAGAUGACACACCAAAACAACACAUUGACAUCAAGAUUGAAGCUCUUAUGCCAAGGGUGAUUGUGUCAGCAGAAAGGAAGGUGGAAAACCAGCCUGAUCGGCCAGAGGGAGUCCAACUGCAAGUGUCCAAACUCUGUGUCACUAAUACCCACGUGGAGGAACAGACAGGGCGGGCAGACUUGGCAGAGGUGUUACGCCACUAUACAGAAGGGCAUCUGUUUACUUCCUCACAAUACCCAAACAACAAUAACCCUCUUACAAGCCUUCCCCCUCACUUCAGUACCUUUGCUAGUGGACGAGACAAUGCUUAUAUGCAACGCUAUGCCAAAGAGUUAGUAGCUGGUCAAUUACCCCAGGGCAUGGAGUCACAGGUAGGGCCAGAGGUUAUUGCCAAACUCCUGAAAACCAACACACUGAAGCGUAAUGCUAGCUUUGAUGUGUGGAGUGUGUGUGCAGAUCAGGCUUGGCUGGAGUUCGUGGGAGUGCCAGUCUCUAAGUCUCGUCCGAUACCUUUCGUUGAAUCUGUACCAGUGACUCUCUGGUUCUGUAUGCCGUUAGUGAUGGAUGAAGCAGAAACAAAACUUAAGCAAAAUAAUCAACUUGAUGUUUUGGGAAUCAGUGGAAAUAGCAGACGAGGGAGUAGCAAUGCCGACUCCAAUUCCCUGACCUUUGACACGGACCAAGGUAGCCCCGCAUCACCACACAGAGACAGACCCUCACGAAGACUACUCAAAGAAUAUUAUUCAACAGACAGUGAGUCCUAUGACACCAGUCCCGAGGAAUUACCUUCCUCAUGUGAUAAAACAAUGAAAUCUUCAAAAAGUGAAGAUAAAGGCCAGAGUUUACAGCUGGCCACUUACAACCUUGUUGCAAAGGUUGGUGGUCCAGUGAAGGCCCAAAUGAGUCACUCCCAGUUUCUUUUUCUUAUGAGACUUUUAGAAUCUUUUACAGACUUCCAAACUCAACUGACAGCGGAUAUAGAAUAUUUUCUGGGGACAUCUACUGUACCCACCACGUUUUCUGUGCCACUUGUAGUUCCAGACAUUGAGUUUGUUAUGGUGUGCCCCUAUGUGGCUGAGUUGCUUCCCUUUACACACAACAUACCAACUAGUCCUUCAGGGGCUAGUCUACGGGAUGGAGAUCUGAUCGAGGAGGAAGGUUUAAAAGAAGAAAUUUCUCCACAAAUUGACAUUGACAUUGGCCAUGUAACAGAAGAUGAGGAUAGCAGAAUCAACGAUAAUAAUGUGGAUUCCGGGUCACAGUGUUCCUCCCACACAGCCAUCUCGAAGUCCCUCAGUGAUUCCAGGAUCCAGUGCCACGCGGGAGGGUCAGGAGAGGAAGAUCUCUCAAACCCUGGAAUGUUUGUAUCCGCGCCCAUAUCUCACUCCAGUCAAGGGCUCGCCAACCCACACCACGAUUCUUCAUCUGGCUAUGACUCCAGUCUUGGAUCUCGUGGGUCAGGCUCGCAGCAAAUGAAGAAAUCCGCAAACAAGGCAGCCGAUCAAGUAAAGAAGUCAUUUUCGUCUGCACUGUCUGGUAUUACAGGUCUCACUGACAAAAUUAAGGCAAAAAUGGACUCCAACGAAGAAAUGGAGGAUAUUGAUUCCAUGAGUAUUAAAACUGACUUGUCUGAUGAUGACUUGGACUCUGAAAUGUUAAAUUUAGAGGAAGCUGAGAUGCCUGCGUUUCAUCACCCCAAUAUAGGAGUAUCAGAGACAGGCUCAUCCACUGAUACAGAUCUACUGGACGACGUGUCCAGUCUUUAUGCUGAGAGUUCAGCCGCAACCAAAGGCAGAGAAUUGGUUUCAGUGAUCGCAUUUCGUAUCCAUGGUUCUGAGAUACUGAUGCAGAAUGAUGGCAGCGAUACGGCCAUUCGUAUCCAGGCACGUCACCUCAGCACCAACCAACCUGGUAACAUGUAUUACGAGGACUUCUACAACAAAUUUACCUCACCACAAG